AUGGACUUAUUAGACCUCUACCACGCUCACGAUUACGCACUAUCUGAGCCCGACGAAGAAGUUAUCGAAGAAAUUAAAGAAAUUCCGGAUGUCAACCAGAAACCCAAACAGAGAAAGGCGAAAUUUGUUCCAUGGGAACCUUAUAAAGCAGCAGUCAGUCACGAAAUAAAAGGCACAAAAUGUCCCGAUCGGUUACCGGAAUUGAUAGCUUAUUCGCUGCAGAAACGCGCCGAGCCCAACAAUAAUGAAAUCGGCGAGCGCGUGCUAACCGAUACGCGAAAAUUGAAAAAUCCGAGUGUGAAAUUGACGCGAAACGAGGAAAUUUUGAAUGAGGAACUCAAAAAACUCACCGAUGAAUUGCGAAUCGAACAAAAAAUCAAUGAAGAACUCAAACGAUUGAUGAUUGCAACGCUUAAUGAGGAGCUGCAGGGUCAAGUAGAAGCCUUAACAGAAGACAAAAUUCGGCUUGCACAUCGUGUCGACGAGUAUAUGGGAAAAUUAGUCAACGAAGAUGAACAGCUCGAUCAGGUCCGAAUAGACCGCGAUAUUUGGAAAUGUAAAUUUUUAGCGCAAUCAAUACGCUGCGAUGAGCUAACCGCGAAAAAUGAAUUCAUUUUGAAAAUUUUGUUGAAAGCUCAAGAAAUUGUUCGCCAAAAACAUCCAGACGAUCCUGACGCGAAAGAUUUGCUAAAUCUCGACCUCAAACAAUUCUUCGCAAGGUCUCCAUGUGAAGAAAUAGUGCGUCGGAAUCCAGCAAGAUACACAAAUUUGACAAUAUCAUGCUGCAAAAAUUGUUCCGGGAAAGAAAUUCAACUUCUAUAA